UCCGGCGGCUGUGAGCGCUGAUUGGAGCAAAUGAUAAAAAGCUCCCGGUGCGCGGCGGUGAAGGCAGACAGACGCACGCGGAUGUGUCUCCGGAAGCGCAGCGGAAGCCGCCCCGCGGACCUCCUUCAAGCCCAGAUUAGGUCCGAGGCUGAACAGUGGAUGACAUGCGUGUGCCCGGCCUGCUAACACCGCUGACGACGCGCGCUCUAACCGACCGGCCGCUCUCUCGACAUGGCGGAUGUUCUGUACACAGGUCCGAUUCCGGCCGAGCGAGGGGCGGAGCUUACCAUGGGCGGAGGUCGCAGCGAGACCUCUGCACUGACCGGGACGGGAGGGGGGCGGGGCACGGCCACUACCCAAAAUUCCCAGCGGCCCAACGCCUGCUGCUUCUGCUGGUGCUGCUGCUGCAGCUGUUCAUGUCUCACUGUCAGGAAUGAAGAGGAGAGGCAGAGGCAGAGGAGGAGGAAGAAGAUACCGGACACAAAGAUGGAAACCAUACCAAACUGUGAAGCUUGCACCAAACCAUCGUUAGAAGAGAUCCGGCUGUGGUCUCAGUCCUUCGACAAGCUGAUGAGGAAUCCGGCAGGUCGAAAUGUUUUCCGGGAGUUCCUGCGGACAGAGUACAGCGAGGAGAACAUGUUGUUUUGGCUCGCCUGCGAGGACCUCAAACAGGAGAUGAACAAGAGCGCCAUUGAGGAGAAAGCUCGUUCCAUCUAUGAAGACUACAUUUCUAUUCUGUCACCAAAAGAGGUGAGUCUGGAUGCUCGGGUUCGAGAGGUGAUCAACAAGAAGAUGCAGGAUCCGACGCCACACACCUUUGAAGACGCCCAGCUGCAGAUCUACAUGCUGAUGCACAGGGACUCCUACCCACGAUUCCUCGCCUCCAACAUCUACAAGGCGCUGGUUCAUGGCGGCUCCCGUACGCCCUCCGAGUCCUACUCCUAAACAUCUUCAUCCAACCUGCGCUCCGCCUCCAUCCAAGUCUUUCAAGCAGUCAUCACUCCAUCCUCAGCUCUUCCCACGUACUCAUCUUCAUCGUCUCUCAUGUUUUCUUCCUUUUAGUCACACUCCUGCUCACUUCUUUCUUCUUUUGUAGUCACCUUCUCUCAAUGUGGAGAUAAUCAUUUUGAAAACAAGAAGAAAAACCCUGGAAACAGAUUUACAAUGUUUAUAAAAAUAUAUAUAUUUUUCUCGAAUUUGAAAUCUUAAUCAGGCCUUUGACGUCAGUUAGACCUUGUUAUGUGCAGGGUUAGUGCAGUGCAGUGAUUAAAAACUAGCAGUUAAAUGUUAAGACAAACUCCUGGCCAACAGUUUCAGCUCAGCGAGGCUUUGAGCUCAAACAGAUGAAUUUUAAUAGCAGUGAACUUAUUGAUUUUAGGUGAUUUAUGAGUUUUACGUCACUGAAAUCAGACUAAGCUGAUCCCUGAUCCAUCCCUGCCUUCCUCCUCCUCACGGUUCACCUUUGGUUCAUGUUUCCCUCCUGAGGGCACCAGCGAGUGACACUGAAGUUUUACUGGAGUGAUUGUUUUUUCAGUGGGAGAAAUAUUCACAUGUGCCAUCAGCUCUUUGUGGAUUUUACCAGCCUUGCUCCUUAGCGUCUCCUUUCACAGAGCCAGCUGACUCCACCUCGCACUUCAGGAAUGAUGCGGUUCAAAGAAAAAGAUGAAUGCUGCGUCGUUCCCUUUCGCUGUUUUUGAACUGGAAACACGACGCUUCCUCAGACGCUUCACCUUUGGUAGUUCGCUGGAUCGACGACUUUACUCCUGACCACAGGGGGGCGCCGCUUCCUCCAACUACUGACUAACAAACGACUACAUGAAUAUUUUAUAUCACAGAACUGAACGUGGAACAUUUCACCUACUUUUGUUUGUCGUGGUCUCUCCUCGUCCUGGUUUUUCCAGAAGAGGAUGACCCAACGAGACUGAUUACACCCGACACACACACACACACACACACACACACACACACACAGAGCAAUAAAAACACUGGAGUUUAGAAAACAGAAUCAGUGCUACUUUACUUACACGGACCGUUCAAUAAUCAAUACUUUCCUUCCAUUAAUGGUCAGAAAGACACAGAUUUGAGUUUCGGAGUAAACGAAGCUGCUGUGUCUUUAAAAUGAUGGAUAAUCAGUAAUAAUGAUUAUUGUUCAUAAUUAGUCUGCAACCAAAAACUACUGAGAGAUGAAAUGCAAAGCUGCAGGCGGACGUUUGUGUUGUAAUGAAUGAACAUUGUGUCGCAGAGACCACAAAAGAAGGACCUGUUAAAGAUGACACAGAGGAGGUUUUGCUUGUGCGGGUGGAGAACGUUUCACUGUUUACCACCAAGAAUAACGCGCAGGUGAAGUCAGACGUACGCCGCCAUCACGUGAAUGUUUAUGGUCGCCACAUCUGUUUUCUUACAAAUUUAUAACAGGCCCUGUAAGUAUAGUAUCACACACACACAGACACACACCGGGGCUGCCUACCUGGGCGCUGCUGCUGCUGCUGACCUCUGCGACCUCUCACUUUUGACCUCAUCACUGUCUGUGGCUCCUGAUUAGCUGCAGGAGGCCACCGGGCUCAUCUGUGGUUGGUCCAUUCAGGGAGGGGGGCGGGAGGAAAUCCCAGGUGCAAAAAAGCAGCCCAUGUUGUGAGUCGGACGCUUCCUGCACUGCUUCAUGGGAACGCUGGUAGAUGGAGGCGGAGGCCACAGGUUCAAACAGGAGAUGCCUCCCUCUUCAGCAGACCAGUCACACGAUGCAUUUCUCUUCGUAUUGUUGAUGUUAUUUAUUUUCUAUUUUGUUAAAACUGUGAUUUUAAUUGUACAAAUAUAAAGAGAAAACUGAAGAUCCAACGAGAGGCUGCUUGUUUUGUGACAGAAAUGACCUGAGAGGUCACAGUGUUCACACCUGUGUUAACACCAAGGACUGAACCAAUAAAAUCUCCCAGGCUGAAA